AUGGCAACAGCGACCUUUCCAGCAACGUAUAUUAGACCUUGCGAUAUAGAGGAAUGUAAUCGUGCAUCUCGAGCAUUAUGCCAUUGUUGUUCACAAGAUUUAUGUAUUGUACAUUUAAAAGAACAUGUGGAUAUUUUAAAUGAACAGAUCACACCUAUCUUAGAUGAAAUUGUUUGUCUCUCUGAUAAAGUAUGGCAGUUAAAAGAUUCAUCAGUUAUGAAAAAGGAUCUUGAAAAAUUAUUAUUAUGGAAGAAAGACGCAAUUCGUGUAGUUCACAACUAUUAUAUGUUUGCCUGUCGACGUUUGAAGGAAUUUGUUAAUGAAACAUUGGAUAAUCAACAAGAUACUAUUCAACGUUUGCAUGCAUUAGUAGCCGAAUUUGUUGGAAAUCAUGAUGUAACGAAAGAUGAUAUCGUUUGGAUUACGGAAAAAGUUGAAGGAAUUCAAAAACAAAUUAUUAAACAAGAAUUAGUUGAAACUUUAGUUAAACUUCGUCCGUUAGUCAUUGAAAAAGAUGUUAUUCAAAUUGAUUGGAUGCUUCCAAGAAUGAUACCCUUUGAUUUAGGUAAAUUAUCAGAACCUCAUUCGUCAAAAUAUCUUCAUAAAGAAUUUUCAUAUGAUGGAAUGGCAUCCAGUAAAGAUGAACAAUAUUUAUUAUUGCAUACAGAUAAUUUAUUAUAUCUUUUCGAUCAUGAACUACGAGCUGAACAACAAAUGAAAUGGGAAUAUGGAUAUGUUACAGAAAUAUGUUAUGCUGGAUUGUUAGAAAAAUUCAUUUUACUUACCGAUGUAGGAAAAAUGCGUGGUGUAUAUAGUCUUUGUAUACAUAAGAUGCGAGUUGAAAAAAUAAUUGCUGGAGAAUUCUGUAAAACUGCUUGUUCAAAUAUGCAUCUUUAUUUAUUGAAAAAAGAACAAGGACCUUGCGUUUUAUAUCAAUACAAAUUAACAAAUUUUGAACUCUCUCGCUUUUUAGUCUGCGCCAAAAAUGAAUCAAUUCAUUCUAUGGCUUGUAAUUCAGAUAUGCUUGGUUUAAUUGUUUUCAGACGUGUACCGGGAGUAAAUUCCUUUAAAUUUCGAGCUCGUUUCGAAGUUCGUUCAACAGCAGGAAAAUUAGAUAUAUUAUGGUCGAUUCCAAUGGAAUUUGGUAGUGGCAUCUUUGCUUAUAAUUCUAUUUCGUCUCUCAAUAUCAAUGGUUGGUUAGUCACUGAUACAGCUGAUCGACGAUUAACUCAUAUUUCAACAAAUGGUACAAUUCAAUCGACAUUAAUUUAUAAAUAUGGUUAUCCUAUUAAAACAGCACUACUCGGAACAGAUUCAAUAGUAGUGAAAAGUGAGAACGAUCAUCAUUUUCAAUGUAGACGUGAAACUAUUAUCAAUUUGCACAAACUAACUAAUAUUGAUUAG